AUGAACUUAGAAGAGGCCGGUGCCCAACGAAAGUUGAAUUUACAAGAAUUGGAGGAGAUCCGGAACGAAACCUAUGAAAAUGCACUAAUUUACAAGGAGAGGAGUCGGGUAUUUCAUGACCAACAAAUCUCUAGAAAAACCUUUGAAGUUGGUCAGAAGGUCCUCCUGUACCAAUCCAGGCUUAAGCUCUUCCCAGUUGAAAUCCAGAGUGUUAAGACAGACAACAAGUUUGUGGUGAAUGGACACCGUCUCAAACAUUAUUAUGAAAGUUUUUCAAGUGGAGAAGUGGAGACAAUAAGUCUAGACGCACCACCGUGUCCUAAUCAGUGA